UAUAAACAGUCAGAUAUAGGCGAUGUCUUUUCACUGAUGGCAUAAUCGGCUGGCUCUGGUGAUGCGGUCUUGAUAUGGGGUGAAUACUGGGAGGUGUUGGUUCAGAAUGUUCCCUGCCAUAUCGACGAAAUAUCGAGAACAACACCCGGUCAAAAUGGAAGACAUUUCGGAAGCCAUUGAUUGGAUUACAGCAGAUUCGAGAGACAAGUUUGGAGAUCGGACAUCACAGUGUCGAAGUGUUACGUCACGAGCUCAGAGUCGAGGUUUAACGUCACAGGCCCAGUGUGGAAGUGUGACAUCACAAGACCCGUGUCGAAGUGUGACGUCACGAGCACAGUGUGGAAUCGUGGGGUCACAAACUAUCCAUCGUCAAUCGACGUUAUGGACUCCAGAAUGUCGAAGUCGAAAUAAACAACUGCCUGUUCUCAUCUCCCCUGAAACACGUCUGAAGCUCCACACAAGAAACCGUGUUAGGUUUGCCUCUCCUUCGCACAGGGAAACAUUGCAGAUGGAUUCGUUUGUUGAUCCGUUCCAAGGUGCCAAUAUCCGGUUAAUUCUCGCGGCCAGACACAACGAACUACAGGACGAGUACUAUGAGCUGAAGGAAGAACUGAGAAACUGUUUCCGAAGAGGCCACACCACACUGGCUGACAAGGAAGCGGCCAGACACAUCCACGUGGAACUCCAUAGCGGCAUCAGCUACUUUAAGAAAUAUCUCGACACACUGAACAAAGACGGACGACUGAAGCCCAUGCCAUCCAAGGAAAACAGUUUCAUCUCUAAAGGGAAUAUGGCUAGCGGAAGUACGAAGGGGUCAAGGUCGAGAUUCAAACUGGAAUAUCAGCGAGUGAAAGCAGAAGAUUUACACUGCAAGAGUGUGUUGACAAUGCAGAAGAACGAGACGGUCGACCCUUUCAAAGACAUACCCGAUGACGAUGAACUGGAGAACAACGGAAAUGUGGUUGAAGCCUCUUCCAGUGGUGAUGAAGAUGUGGAAUCCAAUGGUGACAUUGAUCUUAUGAGAAAAUGUAAUUCGGUUUGUUCGUGAGGGGUAAUUCACCAUUUUCAUGUUAUUGAUUUAAAUGACAGUGAAGUAUUAUUUUUAAAUUACUGUCGAGGCCUCUUCCAUCAAUGACGUCGACACCAGGUACUUUACGUGCACAAAUAAUAUUAAUGUUUUCAUUGUUUUGUUAAAGUUUAAAGUUUUGUUAUAGUUUGAAAUUAAAGUUUAAAAAUAAAUAAAAUUGUAAGUUUCUAGUUUUUAGAUUUAAUUUCUAAAAUUUGUUUAAAAAAUAAAGGCCCGGUCUCCAAUAAGCGCCGGCCUCCAAUAAGCGUCGGGUCUACGACCAUACUGAAAAGAAUAAGCACCUGGGCACUUAUUAGAGGAAAUACGGUUUGUAUUAUACGUAUAGGUUUUAUUUGUGUGUGUGUGUGUGUGUGUGCGCGUGCGUGUGUGCGUGCAAGUAUGUAUGUAUAUAACGUGUGUAUAUAUGUGUGUGUAUGUAUGUGUGUGUCUGUGUGUGUAUGUAUGUAUGUGUGUGUAUGUAUGUGUGUGUCUGUGUGUGUGUAUGUAUGUGUGUAUAUGUGUGUAUGUGUGUUUUAUUUUGGUUUGUUUUAUAUAUGUCUUUGUAUGUGCGUGCGUUGAUGUAGAUGCUUCUUUAUAAAUUUGUGUUAUCAUAUUUUAUGACACUAGUUAUUGACUAUGAUUAUAAGUUCUGUUUUAGAGCUAUAAUUAAAGCAACACUGACCUUGUUCCUGAAUAAAAACAAACAGUAAUCUAUAAAACCCAUCACUAUUUGUUAAUUUUU